AUGGACGAUAUUAUAAAAUCCGUAAAGGAUUUUGGAGUCAAAAAUAUAGAUGACCCGCCUUCUGCACGCCGGUGCUGCCGCUACGCUGCCCUUCAGCCGCCUCUGAACCCACGACAGAUUAAUGAAAUGAUUUUGAAUAAGGCAUGGGUCAAAGUAAAAGAUCGUUCAUCUAUUGAUUAUGUAAAUGGUGUUGAUGAGUUUCUAAAUUUUUCUCUUUCCAAAGUAAGAGAAGAUGAUCGAGAUAGUACUACUAUUAGGUGUCCUUGUAAUUGUUGUCGCAAUAUAUUUCUUAAAACAAAAUGUGAUGUAAGAUUAGACUUGCUUAAGAGUGGAAUGUAUGAGAAGUACACUUUUUGGGAACUUCACGGGGAAGAAUUAGUUGAAUCAAGUGAAGGGGAUGAUGUUAAUGAGUCCAAUGACACUGAUAGUGGUUUCACAAUGUUGCAAGAUGCUUGUGGAGUUGGUGCUAUGAAUGUUGGGAGUGCUCAAGAGGCUUUAAAUAAUGUUGAGGAGUAUGAGAAACCUAAUGCAAAUGCAAAAAAGUUUUUCAAACUUUUAGAGGAGUACCAAGAACCAUUAACAAUGCAUGGCACAACAAUGUCUAAGUUGUCAUAUAUUGUUAAAUUAUUACAUUUAAAGGUUUUGAAUAAUUGGUCUGAUAAGUCUUUUGAUAGUUUACUCCAAUUAGAACGUCAAGGCUAUGGCGCUAACCUUCCAACUUCUUAUUACGAGGCUAAGAAACUCAUUAAAGACUUGGGGCUUGAUUAUUUUAAGAUUGAUGCUUGUGAAAAUGAUUGUAUUCUUUUUUGGAAAGAGCAUGAAAAAUUGAUUGAGUGUCCCACUUGUGGUUUAUCAAGGUGGAAACAAGAAAAAGAAGGCUCUUCUAAGGGGGUAAAGGUUUCUAGAAAAGUGCUAAGAUAUUUUCCAUUGAAGCCUAGGCUACAAAGGUUGUACAUGUGUAGAAAGACAUCCAAAGACAUGCGUUGGCACAAAGAAAGGGAUGCUACUAAAGUGAAUGAUUGUGAUAGGAUUAUAGAUGAUGAUGCCCUUUCUAGGGAAGAGGAGGAUGAUACCUUUUUGGAGGAUGACAAUGCGAGUGGGUUGGAUGAUACAAUGAGACAUCCAUCUGACUCCUUUGCAUGGAAAUCAUUUGAUGAAGAAUAUAGUGAAUUUGCUAAAGAGGUGCGAAAUGUUAGACUUGGACUAGCUUGUGAUGGCUUUCAGCCUUUCAAUAAUUCACAACAUAGCAUAUGGCCAGUGGUUCUUAUCCCUUAUAAUUUACCUCCUUGGUUAUGCAUGAAACCUUAUUCAUUUAUGCUAUCUUUACUAGUACCAGGUCCAACAAGUCCUGGAAUUAAUAUGGACGUCUACCUCCAACCACUUAUUAAGGAGUUAAAGGAGCUUUGGGAGGUUGGUGUUGAAACCUAUGAUGCUUACUCUAAAACAAAUUUCAUCUUGCGUGCAUCACUACUGUGGACUAUCAAUGACUUUCCUGCGUAUGCAGAUUUGUCUGGAUGGUCUACCAAAGGUUAUUACGCUUGUCCAUGUUGUCAUAAGGAAACUAAACGGACUUCAUUGAUGCAUAAGGGUGGUUAUUUAGGGCAUCGACGUUGGCUUCCAAUGAAUCAUAAGUGGAGAAAUGAUGCCAAUUCUUUUGACGGUAAAAUUGAAAAAGGUGUUGCACCAGUUCCAUUGAGUGGGGAUGAUGUAUUACAACAUUAUAGCCGAUUCUCACAAGCAAAAUAUGGGAAGAUUGUAGGGAACAAAAGAAAAAGGGAUGCUUCUAAUAGCUUGUUUGGGUGGAAAAAGAAAAGCAUUUUCUUUAGCUUGCCUUAUUGGAGGAAAUUAAAAGUUCGUCAUAACUUGGAUGUUAUGCAUAUUGAGAAAAAUGUCUCUGAUAAUAUCUUGGGUACUUUAAUGAGCAUACAAGGCAAAAACAAAGAUACUUUGAAGGCUCGAUUGGAUUUGGUGAAGAUGAGAAUCAGAGAUAAGUUGCAUCCUAAAGUGGUUGAUGGUAAGGUGCGUGUUCCUAUUGCUAUAUAUACAUUGAGGUCAGAUGCCAAGGUUUCCAUAUGUCGUAUGUUUGCAAAAAUGAAAUCUCCCGAUGGAUAUCUAUCAAACAUUUCUCGUUGUGUUAAAGAUAAUGGAAAAAAGAUAUCAUGUUUGAAGAGUCAUGACCAUCAUGUUUUUAUUGAGCAGUUGCUUCCCCUUGCACUUCGUGGCUUUUCACCUAAAGAGGUUUAUGACCCUUUGGUUGAACUAAGUUUUUUUUUUCGAGACCUUUGCUCUAAAAACAUAAGUGUUGGUCAAUUGGAAGAACUUGAAAAAAAAAUUCCUUACACCUUAUGCAAGUUGGAAAUGAUAUUUCCACCGGCUUUUUUUGAUGUUAUGGUGCAUUUAGUUGUACAUCUGGCAACCGAGGCAAAAAUUGCUGGACCAGUUCGAUAUCGGUGGAUGUAUCCUAUUGAGAGAUACAUGAGUGACAUUGACACUAAAUUCAAUCGCAAAGUAAGAAAUGACGAUGAAGAUAUAGAAGAGGAUACAUUAAAAUCAAACCUUGAGGUUUUUAGACCACUUGGACAUACCAUUGGGGGGAGUACACCAAUACAUCUAGAUCAUCUAGAGUGUGAUCAAAUCCAUUUUUAUAUUCUUCAAAACUACGAUCCACUUCUUAAGUUUGUCCAAAAACAUAAGUUGGAAUUGGAGAAGGAAUGUCCAAGAAAUGUAGAACGGAGGCACAAAGAACAAUUUUCCAAAUGGAUAAAAAAUCAAGUACAAAAAAUUUAUAAACUUGGACGCUGUGAUAAAGACUUGUACAAUUUGGUUUGUGGUCCUUCUAGAGUUGUAGGGCGUUACACAGCAUAUAUUGUAAAUGGUUUCCGUUUCCACACCAGUGAUAGGUCAGAAAAUAGGGAAACACAAAAUUCAGGUGUCAUGGUGCGUGGUGAUGAUGCUUCAGAUAAGGAAUACUAUGGCGUUUUGAGAGACAUAUAUCAAAUGCGUUAUCCUGGAGAAAAUCAUGUAUUUGUCUUCAAAUGCAGUUGGUUUGAUGUAGAAAACCUUGGUAGAGGGUAUAAGGUAGAUGAGCAUGGUUUGGUUAGUGUGAAUAAGAAUAGACUUUUAAAGUCGGAUGAUGUGUUUGUGCUAGAAUCCCAAGUGGAACAAGUAUUUUACAUACAAGAUGAAAACAAUGAGAAUUGGGAAUUUGUUGUAAAAGCACAACCAAGGGAUUUGUAUAAUAUGAGUGCUAGUGAUCUACAUAAGGAGGGUAUAGAUGUAGAUGCCUUUCAACAAGUAGAGGUGGAAGCUAAUAUUGAAGCUGAAUGUACUGAUUGCGUACAUACUAACAAUUUCAGAGUUAGUUCGUCGUUGGCUACAAAUAUGUUUAUGGAUUAUAAAGGAGAACAUGAAGUGCAAAUGGUUACACAAAUAUUGGAAGAUGACAAUUUCAUUAAUGAUGGUGAAAUUGAAGUCUUUGAGGAAUCGAGUGAAGUUGAAGAAGAAAUUUGA